AUGAAAGCUGCUCAGAGUCGGCAAAAGUCUUAUGCAGACAAGAGGAGGAAACCUUUGGAGUUUUCAGAAGGAGAACAUGUAUUUUUGAAGAGGAUUGGACCCGUGGCGUAUCAGAUUGCAUUACCUCCAUUCCUGUCUAAUCUGCAUGAUGUGUUCCAUGUUUCACAACUGAGAAAGUAUAUUCACGAUCCGAGUCAUGUUUUGGAAUUAGAGGCAGUGCAAGUUAAGGAGAAUUUAACUUUUGAGAAACAACCAGUUUUAGUGGCAGAUAAGAAAGUUAAGCAAUUGCGGGGUAAAUCUAUCAAUUUGGUAAAGAUUAUUUGGGAUGGGUUACUAAUGAAGCCACUUGGGAGUUGGAAGAUAGGAUGA